AUGCCUGUGGAUCAAAUGUUAAUGUUUUCCUUGCAUUAUCUUGGUAUUUCAGCGGAUACAGACCCUCCAGUUGUCAGUGCAUGUCCCGCAGACCAGCCAAUCACUGUUCCUGUUGGCACUACUACCAAUAUCUUCACAUGGACACCACCAACAGCUACUGAUGCAGCUGGGAUUCAAUCCAUUGUCUCUGACCAUCAGUCUGGAGUUGUAGUCUCUGUUGGCAAUCCCAUCAUAGUUACCUACACUGUGACUGAUAAUAAUGGACUGACUAACACAGACUGUUCUUUUGCCCUCAGCGUCGGACAAGAAGCGGAUACAGAUCCUCCUGUUGUCAGUGCAUGUCCCUCAGACGAGACAAUCACUGUUCCUGUUGACACUACUACCAAGUCCUUCACAUGGACACCACCAACAGCUACUGAUGCAGCUGGGAUUCAAUCCAUUGUCUCUGACCAUCAGUCUGGAGUUGAAGUCUCUGUUGACAAUCCAAUCACAGUUACCUACACUGUGACUGAUAAUAAUGGACUGACUAACACAGAUUGUUCGUUUACACUCAGCGUCCUACCAGCUGAUUUGAAUUGGAAAUGCUCAUCCACCAAGUGUUACCAUCUUGCUACAGGCGAACGAUCUUGGCAAGAAGCCAAAAAUCUCUGCACCAACAUGGGUCUUGUCACCACUGCAACAGGAGAAAAGGACCCGUCUCUACUAUUUAAUGAUAACGAUCCCGAUUUCGAAAAAAUCGAGAAUCUAUUUUCACUUAGUACUAAGGUCUGGAUCAAUUGCAGUGACUCGGCAAAUGAAGGUACGCUCAUCUGUGACGUGGACGGUACAGGAUCUCUACAUACUGCCGCUCAAGAGAAUUGGAACAAUGACGAGCCGAGUGGAGGAAAUCAACAUGAUUGUGUCGCCGUUGGGUUGCAGAGUGAGAAGUGGGAAAAUAGCAUGUGCAAUGAGAACUACCACACUGUGUGUCAGGUUCUGCUGUAG